GUCGUCUUCUUCUUCUUCUUCUUCUUCUUCUUCUCUCUCUCUCUCUCUCUCUCGCUUCUCUUCGAGUUUCUCACUUGUGGGCCGUGGCUCCGUCAUCUUCUUCUCUCUCUCUUUCUCUCUCGUGCUGAAACCCUAGCUCCUGUCACUCUUCCUCUGCCGAUCGAAGAUCUGUUCCUCAUGGCCGUCGUCUUCUACUUGACAAAAACCAAAGAUAAUGGCAUUUAUAUUGCAGAUUGGUCCAGGGAGAGACAACUUAAAUUAGUUAAGAAUGUCGAGAAAAGAGAGAGAGAGCGAAAGAGAGAGAGCAUUUAUAGAGAAUGGAAGCAGAGUACUUGAGAAGCUGGUUUCCACUUGUAAUGGCAAGCCUAUUCCCAUCCGUACCUUCUCCUUUGCAGAGUUGAGCAACGCCACAAAUAACUUUGAUCCUCAACUUGUUAUAUGUAAACUGUGGCUUUAUCAAUGGUAUAAAGGUUAUCUUGAAGGCCGAACUAUUUCCGUUAAGAAAGCGAACGAUGCCGAUAAAAUGAAGGUGGUGUUCACUGAUUUACCAAUUUCUGUAAAGGAGGAGGUGUUCACUGAUUUAGCAAUUUCUGCAAAGGUGAGUGCUCACAAGAAUGUUCUAAAGCUCGUUGGUUGCUGCCUCGAGACUCCAAUUGUCAUUUUAGUGUAUGAAUUUGCUGGGAAGGGAACCCUGAGGGAUCUGAUUCUCGCCGACAAUGAGCCCCUGACGUGGGAGAGUAGGCUAAAGAUGGCAAGAGAGAGUGCUCAUGCAAUUUCAUAUCUCCACACAGCAUUCUCUAGACCCAUCAUCCAUACCGAUAUUGGACUACAUAAUAUCUUCAUAGACUGCCAUGGGGUUCCAAAACUAACUGGUUUUUCACAUUCUUUAAUAAUCCCCGAGGGUGAAACUCAUGUCAAGGAUGCUUCUGAUGAAUGGCAACUUCCGAGGACUACGAGAACUCUAUGCCCCAACUAUAGGGAGACGAGGUGCAUAACAGAGAAAACUGACGUCUAUUCCUUCGGUGGUACUCUCUCGCAAAUUUUUAAUAUAAAUACAAUGGUGGAUCCUGUAAUCCUGGCAGGGGAAUUAAGAGGAGCUGGAGUGGAACAGCAAUUCCAAGCUGUGCGGAACCUUGCUUUGAGGUGCAAGGAGAAGGACCCAAUGCAAAGACCAACCAUGGUUGAUGUUAGCAAAGAACUCAGACGAAUCGAAAAGUCUAUCCCGUAAUAUAUUUAUUUCGAAGUUCGGUAAAAACCUACGUUUCUUUGUUGUCAUCAUCGUUUUUUAUGGAGUUUUGUUGUUCAGUGAAUGACUAUGCUUCACCUGGUCCAUAUAAGUUCCCUUGGUCACCGCCCAUGUUCUUGUACUUCUGAAUUUUUGUUUUCUUUUUUAAAUGAAGUAUCAAAUGAAUUUACGCUAGCUACUAUCCAUUUGUUUUUCGAACUCUUAAUAUUAUUUUUUACCCCAUGGGUUUGUAGCCUUUUUCCAAUAUAUAUAUAAAACCUUCCCUUGGAUUUCAUUUGAAUAAUUUAAUGGGAAUAUGAUCCGACACACAUGGCAUCCCCCCGCAUGGAAAAAUAAAAUAAAAUAUCAUAAAUCAUUCCAGAAUUUGAAAAACAGAAUGCCGUUGACCAGCUGCAUUAGCAAUCCUCUAAGCUACAAUAAUGAAGAAGGCUCCCCUUACUUUCCACGAAAUGUCCCUCAACUUUCAUGGGCAAGAGAAAUAAUUCGUGACAGAGACAACUUGUUAAGAAUAUGCAGGUCAGCGUUCAAGCCAUGCAGAGUCGGACAGAGAGAACUUGCUACGAAUAUACAGAAGAAAGAGGGAGCGGGAGAGAGAGAGAGAGAGCAUUAUAGAGAAUGGAAGUAGGGCACUUGAGAAGCUUGUUGACAUCCAUAAAUUCUCCUAUGAAGAGUUAAGAACGGCAACAAAUGACUUUGAUCCUCACCUCAUUAUUCAUAGAAACAGGUGGUAUAAAGGGUAUAAAGCUAAUCUCAAAGACCGAAUUACAUUCAUUAACGGGCGAGUACACUCCCUUAAGUGAACCGACCCUCACCCCUGACAAUUGAGGCUCCGUUUGAAUGUUGGGAUGAAUUAAAUUCUUUAUGAAUAAUAGUGAAUUGAGAUGACGAAGUGAGUAUUGUGGAGCCCACCUAAGAUAAGUUUAGAAGUGUUUGGAUGUU